GCUGCUAUGUCGACGAGCACCGGCAUGGCGGAUCACAGCAGUAUGGGCAUGGGCGGAAGCUGCAAGAUUAGCAUGUUGUGGAAUUGGACCACCAUCGAUGCAUGUACGUUUUUCGUUCCCUCCGCACCACUAUCGUUCGAGAGCCCCUUCUCUAUGCGCACCGCGGCUGUUCAGCUCUGAUGGGACAUCUUUGGACUCUGGCGGUCUGGGGAAUCGGCGAGCAAUCGCUACUCCCUCAGACAGCCCAGCGCAACCAGAGAGAACAUGUCCACGAGCAGCACCACCUCAGAUCCAAACGAUCGCCUAGCUCCCUCAUUCCAGCCACUAACAUCCCCCAGGCUUCCUCUCCUCCUCCUGGCACAUCACCUCCAAAGGCAUGUUCGCCGGCUCCUGCAUCGGCGUAAUCCUACUCGUCAUCAGCCUCGAAUUCCUGCGCCGCGCCGGCAAAGAAUACGACCGC